AUGCAUAAUGCGCGUGACACAUUUCUACAAAUAGUGGCAUUCUUAGAUUUAUUCAUUUCCUUGGUGAUUCUGGAGGAAAUGACGAAAUCUGAUAUAGCACUUUCAAAGUUAUUUUAUGAUAAAAUGACAAAUGGCAUUACGCAGGCUG